ACUCCUUCAGCCUUAGAUUAGAUUAAAAGAACCAUUUUCAUGCUCUCCAAUCUGGGACUAUUUGCAGCUGAAAGAUGUCCCGACACGAACUGCACCCGGCCAAGGUGUUUCUUCUCUCAUGACCCCACGAUAUCAGGUCCAUCUCAAUCUCAAGUUCCAAUCGGUAUUCGAGAACCAGCGAAUAGAAAACCUCCUACAGCUGUAAAAAGGAAAGUGGGCGAGAGUAGCGGCGCACCAAUUGUGAGGGAGAUGAAGAAGCAAAAUGUGACAAGGAACCCGAAACCUGUAGCUCCAUCAUCGACCACUCCUGUAAGGUCAGCACCCGCCCCGACAAAGACUGUAGUAUCAGGAGGAGCAAACUCUAGUAGUACCGAUUACAGUAGACCACCUAUGCUCCCAUAUGGUAUCAAACUAUCUCCCCAACCCCGAACAGAUCGUCAAAAAGCUUUGGGAACACUCCACACCCAAUUCGUCAAACUAUACUCUCAGAUCCUACAUUUCUCUCCCUCCCUCGCACAUGAUUCUUCCUUGGCACAAGAAGCGGAAAUAUCCUCUUCGUCAACGUCUCUGCGAGCGUACAAAACUGCCAUCCACCAUGCAGCCGUGGCGAUCUCUCGCCGACCACCUCCUACCAGUAUACCACACCCCUCAAUAGGGACAGUGAAAGAAUCACGAGUCGCAAUGGAGAAGGCCGAAAAAGAAAAGGCCAGCAAGCUGACGAGAAAUAGAGUGGAGAGGUAUUGUAUGAAGAAGGAGGACUUUGAGAAAUGGGGAUACCCCGAUCCAAGUGGUGAGGGAUUGACGGGUAGAGGAGUUGAGACGAAACCAGACGGAGAAGGGGAAACGCAUGACUGCGAUAGAUGCAAAGUGUCAUUUAUCGUCUCGUCAAAAAACCUUGAACGAAGAUUUGGAGAGUGUCGAUAUCACUAUGGUCGGACUGCCCCUGAAAGGGUAGAAGGUCGAAGAAAAUGGAUAUAUUCAUGUUGCGGCAAGGAGAGAGGGGAACAAGGGUGUGAGGAAGGAGUACAUGUGUUCAAAGAUGGAGAGGAUGAUAAGGAGCUGGCGAAGAGGGUGGCGUAUAAAACAGUGAGGAUGUGUUUGGAAGAAGCGAAAGCGUCAGGGAAGAAUGUUGUGGGCGAAGGGUAUGGUGUGGUAGCGAUGGAUUGUGAGAUGAUCUUUACUACGGCUGGCUUAUCGCUAGGCCGGGUGACAGUAGUGGAUGAGAACGGAUAUACACUUCUGGAUGAGCUAGUACGCCAAAAAGUGCCCAUUUUAGAUAUCAACACACGCUUCUCAGGUAUCUCUCCAGGCCAACUUGAUAAUGCUAUCAUGGACCUUGACGGGGUCAGGGCCGCAGUCUGCAUGUUUAUCGGUCCCGAGACCAUCAUCGUCGGUCAUGGUCUCGAAAACGAUCUACGCGCUUUGAGGCUGCUGCACGACCAGGUCAUCGAUACAGCCAUCGUCUUUCCACACGAUAAAGGUGCACCCUAUCGACGCGCCCUUCGUGACAUUGUCAAGGAGAAACUUGGCUACUUUAUUCAAGAUCGAACUUCAGACAAAGGCCAUAACUCUGUGGAGGAUGCGAAAGCGACGCUUGAUGUGUUAAAAUGGAAAGUCAGAGAGGAUAAUGAGGACUGAGACAAUAUCUUCAGCGCUAUAAGCUUGCUCGGACGCCGACGCCUUGGCCGUUGUAUGCCAUCCGCGAGCACUUUUUCACAUGAACCGACCCAUCCCUGUCAGCUCUCUUUGGACUCGACCUGCACAUUGCCUUUCUUUGCAUUGAAGUGUACUGAGUUUUGGUCGUUUGAUGACGUUCACUAUCAAGACGCCAAGGAAACCUGUAGAAAUCUAAUAGGAAGGGCCAAAGGAGACUUGGGCGGAAGAUAUGGUUACAUAUAAUGUCCAAGAAA